GUCUACACUGAGUGGCAGCUACUCCCCAGGGUUUCAGACAGGUGAUAUUCCUAGCAGCGAUCUUUUGCAUGCAAGGCCUCUACUCCAUCACUGAGUUACGGCCACAGUUGUAUCCUGAUGCAUUGAUAAAUACAUGGGGCUGUUUGGUUUUCUUGUGCUUUGCCCUUUCCAGAGCUGGAGGUAGAGUGAGAAAUAAAAAUGGAAGACCAGGACCCUGCAGGGCUGGAAUCUCAAAAGAGCUUGAAGUCGGAAGGCAAAGAGUUUCAUUUCCUGACAGCUGGGACCAGAGGGGAAUUUGUGACUCGGCCACUUCUGCGGCAUAAUAACCAAGAUCUGGAGGGGGAGCGUUUACGGAACUGGGAUGUUCGGUGGGAAGCAUAUUUGAAGACAAUGGAGUCUCCACUGGUCCCCUAUUCAAGGGAGAAUAGGAAGCCAUUCCAGGGCUCCCUUGUUGCAGUAGCUGAUGAUACCCACGGGACUGAAGGAAAGGAAGCAAGCCUCCAUCAAGCCCAAGAACCCUCAGGAAGCCUCUAUUCUCUUGUGAAAGUGAAGGAAGAGAUUGUGGACAAGGGUGCCAUCAUCCAAUUCUGCUACCAGGAGGCUGAGGAACCUUACCAGGGACCAAAGCCUUUGAACAAUGUGGCUGUUAAUCUCCCCAAGUCAAAGCAGGUACCAUUGGACAUAGUGAAGGUGGAACCUACCAUGGAAGUCGAGCAGGAAGCUGACAGGGAGGCCAACUUGCUAGCGUGGAAGAAUGAGGAGACAGAAGAAUCCAAACUCUCAAGCCUUGGAAGAAGAUGGUUGAGCACAACCCAAGAGAGAGACUUCCAGUUUGCUGAGCCAGAAGAGACCCCUGGAUGUCAGUUGGACCCAGAAGAAUACUGUGGGAAGCAUCCAGAGAAGGCAGCCGAAGAGGUCUCUUUUUGCGAGAGGGGUGAUAGAAGACUGUCUCAAAGUCCCUCGCAAAAUAGAAGCCGCAGCAGUCAUAGAAGGAAAAUGAGAGCCACUGAGGGCAGCAGAAAUCUCCGCCAAAACACUGACUCCCUUGAAAGUAUGGAAGUAGAAAGGGAGGACAAGCCUUGUGCAUGUGUUUACUGCGGGAGAAGUUUCAACGAGAGUUUGUCGUUAAUUAUACACCAGAGAGCUCACACGGGUGAGAGGCCCUGCAAAUGUUCAGAUUGCGGGGAAAGCUUUGCAGAGAGAGGAGACUUUAGGAAGCACACUGUGGCUCACAUGGAUGACAAGCCAUACGAAUGCUCGCACUGCGGGAAAGGUUUCCACAGCAACUCUCACCUCCGAGCACAUAUGAGAAUCCACACUGGGGAGAAACCCUUCGACUGCACUCACUGCGGAAAGACUUUCGGCACCAGAUCACAUCUGAAGAGGCACGUUCGGGUGCACACCGGCGAGAGCCCUUUCAUGUGCACCGAGUGCGGGAAAAGCUUCACUCAGAAGCCAUCCCUUAUUAAACACAUGAGAACCCACACUGGAGAGAAGCCUUACGAAUGCCCUGAGUGCGGCAAGAGCUACCGGGAUAGCUCUUGCCUGCUGAGGCACAUCAGGGCCCACACGGGCGAGAAACCUUAUCAGUGCUCACGGUGCGAGAACCGGUUCAUCCAGAGGUCGGAUCUCAUCCGGCACGAGGGGACGCACACUGGAGAGAAACCAUACAAGUGUUCGGUGUGCGGGAAAGCUUUUGGUCAGAAAGGGUCACUUAUGAAACACGAGCACAAGAGGACUCAUGCGGGAGAAAGACCGUACAAAUGCACUGUUUGUGGCAAAGGUUUCAGCACUGGUGCUUACCUGGCAAUACAUGAAAGAGUGCAUACUGGGGAGAAGCCAUACAAGUGCUCAGAAUGCGGGAAAAGCUUCUGCUGCAGGGCAAAACUGAGGAUACACCAACGAACUCACACAGGGGAGAAACCAUUUGAAUGUAUGCAGUGUGGAAAGAGCUUCAGUGAAAGUAGAACACUUAGAAGACAUCAAGAAACUCACACAGGGAAGAAACCAUUUAAAUGUAUUGAAUGUGGAAAGAGCUUCAGUCAAAAUGGAAACCUUAGAAUACAUCAACGAACUCACACGGGGGAGAAACCAUUUAAAUGUAUUGAAUGUGGUAAGAGCUUUGGUAAAAGUGGACACCUUAGAAUACAUCAACGAAUUCACACAUGGGAGAAACCAUUUAAAUGUAUAGAAUGUGGAAUUAGCUUCAGUAGAAGUGAUGCACUUAGAACACACAAACGAACUCACACGGGGGAGAAAGCAUUUGAAUGUAUUGAAUGUGGAAAGAGCUUCAGUAGAAAUGAAGUACUUAGAACACACCAACGAACUCACACAGGGGAGAAACCAUUUAAAUGUAUUGAAUGUGGAAAGAGCUUCAGUCAAAAUGCACACCUUAGAAGACACCAACGAACUCACACAGGGGAGAAACCAUUUAAAUGUAUUGAAUGUGGAAAGAGCUUCAGUAGAAGUGGAAAACUUAAAGUACACCAACGAACUCACACAGGGGAGAAACCAUUUAAAUGUAUUGAAUGUGGAAAGAGCUUCAGUAAAAAGGAAACACUUACAAUACAUCAACAAACUCACAUGCGGAAGAAACCAUUUAAAUGUAUUGAAUGUGGAAAGAGCUUCAGUAAAAUUGAAUCACUUAGAAUACAUCAACAAACUCACACAGGGGAGAAACCAUUCAAAUGUAUUGAAUGUGGAAAGAGCUUCAGUGGAAGUGGAGUCCUUAGAAGACACCAACGAACUCACACGGGGGAGAAACCAUUUAAAUGUAUUGAAUGUGGAAUGAGCUUUAGUCAAAAUGGACAGCUUAGGAAACACCAACGAAUGCAUACAGGGGAGAAACCAUUUAAAUGUAUUGAAUGUGGAAAGAGAUUCAGUCAAAGUGGACACCUUAGAACACACCAACGAACUCACACAGGGGAGAAACCAUUCAAAUGUAUUGAAUGUGGAAAGAGCUUCAGUGGAAGUGGAGGCCUUAGAAGACACCAACGAAUUCAUACAGGGGAGAAACCAUUUAAGUGUAUUGAAUGUGGAAAGAGCUUCAGUCAAAAUGGAAACCUUACAAUACAUCAACGAACUCACACAGGGAUAACCAUAGAUGUAUGAUAUUUGGAAAUAUUCAUAAGCGAAUUCACACAGGGGGAAAACCAUAUACAGUAAAUGUAUGGAGUUUUCCACUCAGGGUUCCCACAGUUCCUGGGAAGUGAAGAUGACUGUCAUGUCUCUGGAUGUCCAAAAAAGAAUUUGGCACGGUUUAUUUUCAUACUUGUGGGCCAUUCUCUUUGUCGAUCCUCUCUUUUUCAAUUGGUAUCUGAAGACUCUUGAUCUGGAUAGCUUGGAAUCUGGCAUUUUGGACUUUCCCCACAAUUCUGCAUAUUGCUUAGAACAGAGAGCUGGAUCUGGAUUUCCUGUGUCAGUGCAUCAUUCCCACCUACACUUCUGUGCUUUAUGAAUAUGGCUGGUUUGGAUUCCUUUGGACCAGUUGCUAACAAUCAUCUUAUGUUUUUGUUCAAAAUGGGUUUUGCUGGUAAUGGGUUUAUUAAACUUUAAUAAGGCACAGAUCCCUAUCAAAAUAUUCAUUCUCACCUAUUCCAUUGAAUAGUUUCCCCCC